CGUGACGUCAAAUUCCUGCGCUUAACAAGCGAAGGUGACGGGGUCGGGGAGUAAGACAAGAGGGGGGAUUCUGGUUUCUCUCCGGCGCUAUGUUGGCUGCUCGGCCUCUCCUGCUCCGCGGGGUCUGCGCUCAGGCGCGCUUCCUUUCCGCUGCUGCUCCGGAAUCGGUGCCGCCCAAAAAAACACAGUUUGGGCCCCUCAAGGAUGAAGAUCGCAUUUUCACAAAUCUCUAUGGACGGCACGAGUGGAGGUUGAAAGGAGCUAUGAGCCGAGGUGACUGGUAUAAAACCAAGGAAAUCCUGCUAAAGGGUGUUGACUGGAUCUUGAAUGAAAUAAAGAUUUCAGGCUUAAGAGGCCGUGGUGGGGCUGGCUUCCCCACUGGCCUUAAGUGGAGCUUCAUGAACAAACCCCCAGAUGGCAGACCCAAAUACUUGGUGGUGAAUGCAGAUGAGGGAGAGCCAGGAACCUGUAAGGACAGAGAAAUCAUGCGCCAUGAUCCCCAUAAGCUGGUGGAAGGCUGCCUUGUGGCAGGCCGAGCUAUGGGGGCCCGAGCUGCCUACAUCUACAUUCGUGGAGAGUUCUAUAAUGAGGCUUCAAACCUGCAAGUGGCAAUCAGGGAGGCCUAUGAGGCAGGACUGCUGGGCAAGAAUGCUUGUGGCUCUGGCUAUGACUUCGAUGUCUUUGUGGCAAGAGGGGCAGGUGCCUACAUCUGCGGCGAGGAGACAGCACUUAUUGAAUCCCUUGAGGGCAAGCAGGGCAAGCCACGUCUCAAGCCACCCUUCCCAGCUGAUGUGGGGGUGUUUGGUUGUCCAACCACAGUGGCAAAUGUUGAGACGGUUGCUGUGGCACCUACCAUCUGCCGUCGAGGAGGUACCUGGUUUGCUAGCUUUGGUCGUGAGCGCAACUCUGGAACCAAGCUCUUCAAUAUCUCGGGCCAUGUCAACACACCAUGUACUGUGGAAGAGGAGAUGUCAAUACCCCUCCGUGAUCUGAUUGAGCGACAUGCAGGGGGCAUUAGGGGCGGCUGGGAUAACCUACUUGCUGUGAUUCCUGGAGGCUCAUCCACUCCACUCAUCCCCAAGUCAGUGUGUGAGACAGUGCUGAUGGACUUUGAUGGGCUUGUGCAGGCACAGACUGGGCUUGGGACAGCAGCUCUCAUUGUCAUGGACAAAUCGACAGAUAUAGUUCGUGCCAUCGCCCGCCUUAUUGAAUUCUACAAGCACGAGAGCUGUGGGCAGUGCACACCGUGCCGGGAAGGUGUUGACUGGAUGAACAAGGUGAUGUGGCGGUUUGUGAGAGGCAAUGCACAGACAGCCGAGAUUGAUGCACUGUGGGAGAUUAGCAAGCAGAUUGAGGGUCAUACCAUCUGUGCCCUGGGGGAUGGAGCUGCUUGGCCUGUACAGGGACUGAUUCGUCAUUUCCGCCCAGAACUGGAGGAACGGAUGAGACAAUACCAUGAAUCUAAGGCACAAGAGGCAUCUGGAUGAACAUCCACCUCAAAAGUCACCCCUUUGUACAUUGGGUGGGAUCUCUUUAGGAGCAGGUUAGCUCUGCUUUUGCUUGGGUGGGCAUUGGGAACAGUGAACUUCUCUGACUAUUCAGGGUUCUGUCAUAUGGGCGUAGGUAGCAACCUGCCUCCAUUUCUGUUCUUGCUUUCUUAUAGCGCAGAUCAUCUAUUAAAUGCUUGUGACUUA